ACUUGCUUCAGAUGUCACCUGUGUAGUUGUGAAGUUUGAUUGUUUGUGAUGGGUUGGACAUGGAUAGAAACCCCAUAAACGGAUUUUGCCAUCCAUCGUGACAGAAGAGUUCAAGUGUACUGUUAUCGUGGUGCUUUUUUGGGCCAACUUAGAUGCAGUGUUGUGUUGAAAAUGUCUAAGAAGUGUGCCCGCUGUGAAAAGACUGUGUAUCCUCUUGAGGAGCUCAAGUGCUUGGAUAAAGUAUGGCACAAACUCUGUUUCAAGUGUCAAGAAUGUGGGAUGAGCCUCAACAUGAGGAAUUACAAAGGCUUCAACAAGCUACCAUACUGUGAAGCACACAUACCCAAGCCGAAGGCAACUACUGUGGAUGAGACUCCAGAGCUGAAGAGGAUAGCAGAGAACACCAAGAUUCAAUCCAAUAUCAAGUACCAUGCAGACUUUGAGAAGGCCCGAGGAAAGUACACAUCAGUUGCUGAUGAUCCCGAAACCCUUCGUAUUCGUCAGCAUUCAAAAGUUAUUAGCAAUGUGACAUACCAUGGUGACUUGGAGAAGAAAGCAGAUAUGGAACAAAAGCGGCAGCUUGUGAAUGCCAAUGGAGACCCAGGUAUCAUCUUUGCCCGCUUAAUAGCACAAUAUGAGAAAAGCCUUCGCGUUUGUGAUUUCUUCCUUCAGCUUCAGGCACUGAGGGACUUGUAUCACAAUAAUCGUAUUCUACACAGACUCAUGGGGUACAAAGCUUCACCUGAUACUCGCUAUUCAGACUCAAUUGAUGGUGUUCGACGCGAGAUGAUCAUUCUUCUUAAUGUCACAAAUAAGUCAAGAGAUGGAAGAGCUUUGGGAAAGAAUGGGAUUCAUUUUCCUUCUUCAGGAAUUCAGUCAAAAGGACAGAAAGCUUCUAGGACUGCCCUGAGUCCCAAACUUGAUCAGUUUGAAGCAUUUCUCCAGCACUGCUCAGACCCUCUACAUAGCAAAGCUGAUUUUAUGAAAUGUAUCAAUAAUUCACAGAGGGGCAAUGGCUUUGAUGACUCUUUAACCCUUUCACCAGAAGCAGCAAAACAUUCUCAGCCUGUUAUACCUAAAGGCAAAAUGAAUAUCCUGAAGUAUAAUGACUCUUUGCCUAAAGCACUGGUUCAGUCUCAGGCAAUCAAAGGCAAUAUUGAAACCCUCAGAAAAAAAGUAUCACCUCGUGAUACCUUGAAAAAGGCAGAAUCUAUCCAGGACACCUUGGAUACCAUAGGUUCUUCCCAGGGUACAUUGGUAGCAACUGAGCCCCCUCAGGACUCAGAAAAAAUGGAAUCCACUGUGGAUAGCUUGAAGAAGGCAGAAUCUGUCCAAGAUACCUUGGAAACCAUUGGUACUUCCCAGGGUACAUUGGUAGCAACUGAGCCCAAUCAGGACUCCUCAGAAACAAUGGAAUCCACUGUGGAUACCUUGAAAGAUACAGAGAUCUCUCAGGAAGUCAUUGAAACUAUGGAAUCCACUAAAGGUACCUUGAAAGCUACAGAGCCCUCUCAGGACACCUUGGAAACAUUGGAAUCAUCUGAGGGUAACCUAGAAGCUAACAAGCUUUCACAGGAUGCUUUGAAAACAACAAAAUAUUCUGGGGGCAUCCUGGAAACAAUAGAAUCCACUCAGGAUGCCCUAGAAAUCAUGAAAUUGACUCAGGAUACUUUAAAGACAGAAUUGAUUCAGGAUACCCUGACAAAUGAUUCCUUUCAGAAUACCUCUGAAAAGACAGAAUCCUCUCAAGAUGUGAUGUGUGCAGCAGAAUUGACAUGUUUGAAUCAUUCCUUAGCAGACAGUCAUGUCAGCAGUAAUUUUGCUACAGGUGAAUCUCGUGUUAAGGUUGACCAUACUGGGGCAGGUCCCCUUCCUGUACUUCAGCCAUUGAGCUCAGAAGAAACACAAGGUGUAGAACGUUUUUUAGCAUUCCAUCCAAGGGAUCGGCACUGGUGGACAGUAGAUGAGCUGCGUCAUAGCGACAUGCUCUUCCAUGUCCUAUCAGAGAUAUCUGGCUGGGGGAAUCAUUCCAUAGUGUGGUCCGUGGAAGACCAUCCCAAUGUCCUUGGAGACAAUGAUUGUAUUGACACAGGCAGCCAACUACCACAGCAGAUCAGUCGACCCCAGCAGCAGCCGCCUCCAAAGCAGGUCCUUCCACCCCAGCAGCGUACUGUAUCUCCAAGCAAGGUCCCAUAUGACACAGGUCACAUGACCUCCCAAGGCCAGAGCCCAUAUUCCAGUAGCCGCCAGAGUGCUUCCACUAUCAUCUAUACUUCCCAGCAAGGACCCGUUCAACAACCAACAGGCGAUCGACACAUUGGAUCCAUUGUGGACUAUGACCCAUUGAACAACCAAUAUGGGUCAGUGGCAACACCGUACCAAGGAUACACCCACCCGCAGACAGAGCAUUACCCUCGUGGAGGAGGUCCUCCAAGGGGGAAUCCAUAUGCUCAAAGUGCAUCCUACCAUGGGCCUCCACCACAGCAGCCUCCUCACCAUCAUCAGCCAGGCCAUGCGUACAUGCAGAGUCGAUCACCGCCCAAACAGUCUCCAGGCCAGAGCUAUGGACGUUGCUAUCGAGCAAUGUAUGACUACUCUGCUGGGGAUGCAGAUGAAGUGAGCUUCAUGGAUGGGGAUCUGAUCAUAAAUUGCCAGCAAAUUGAUGAAGGAUGGAUGACAGGAACAGUGCAGCGGACCGGGGAAUGCGGGAUGCUUCCGGCCAAUUACGUCGAACCUGUCAACUGAUGUCCCAUGCCAUCGACCUAUCAGCCUUCUGUUUCCAUCAGUGCAUUUCAUCUCAGUCUAUCAUUGCUCUUUCCCUUGUCUCAUUUCAUGCCCAUGGUGCUUCUGGACUCAGUACUAACACCCUCUCACAUAUUCUACAUAGUGAUAGGGAAAAGAUUUUUAGAAAAUAAUUUGUGAAACUAAGGGCAUGGCUCAGAGUCGAAAAAAAGACCGGCUGUGAUCAUGUGUGCCUUCCCGCCAAACACCGUCCACUAGUUGCCAGUCGAGCGAAUCUCGUUAAACACGUUUGACACAGGAAUAUUCACAUGGCCCUCGUUUAUUGUUGUGUAUUCUGAAAGGAAAUUAAGGGAAAGUCGGAGAACUCUAGAAAUGCUCACUUGGUUGUAAGGUUAGUACAGAAGAGAUGCUUAUUUUGUUAGCUGUUCUUGUCUGUGCAGGUAUUGUUGAAAGUUUUUCGUCUCAUAUUUUAAAUACCGGUUACUGAAAGAAGACUGUCUUGUACAGUCUUUAUGAAAGGUACAGUAUUUUUUUUGUCAUGCUUCACAUACUCUUGUGAAUUUCCUGUAAUUUUGUGCCAGGCCUACAUGAUGUCAUGGAAGGCAAAGCUAUCUUUGUGACACUAUAAUUUGUCUUAGAAAUCAAAGCUGUAUGUAUUUUGCUUCAUUGAGGACCUGAGCAUUCCUAUUUUUGAUGGACUUUAUGAUCUUCCCAAUGCCCUCAGAGGUGGGAUAUGCGCACAAUAUUACUGUUUGUUCCAGUCUUCCAUGGUUCAGGUGUUAGUUGAAAAUUCUCUUAACAUGACAAUAUGGACAGAUGGUUGUUGAUGCCAAGAUUAAUUUUAAAAAUUUUUUUCUUCAGCGUUUUUCGUUUUUAGAUGGAACGAUUGCAAGAUGAGUAUAGUUUGGCACAGGGAAAAAAAAAAAAAAAACCUUAUUCCUGAUGCAUUGCUGGAACCAAUGUGCAUGUAUGCGACCACUCUGAACAAACCAUCGUUUCCCGUGUACAUACCCCCAUUUUCAUCUCGAUCAACCUGACAUUGCUACAAGCUGGGCAGAAAUUGUGGGUUUUUUUUAUUUGACAUAUAUAUCUAUUUUUGUAAAUGAUCAUGUUGAAUGAUGGACUAGAAUCAGUUGGCUCAUGACUCACACGGCCCCUCAUUUGCAUGUAAUCCUGGAUAUUCUCUUCGCUGAACCUCUCAAUUGUAUCUUGUAUUAUAUGAUUUUUUCUGUACAUCUUACAAUAAACUUUAUUUGAAGCUUGUA